UGAAGGAGAGUGUACUCACUGACGCAGUCUGAAAAAAGAACUGAAGAGCCAGAGAGAAAUGAGAAUACAAUGCGCAAAGAGGAAAAAAAGCAGGAACAGAAAUAGAUGUCUGAACGUCGAGCGAGGAGGAAGAUGCAUGGGGGAGUACCGGCGAGGAGUCUGGUGCGGUUCUUCAAUGAGGAAGCAUCGGCGAGCGCAUCAUUAGGGCUGCAGCUCGCUCGGCCGGCUUUUAAAGACCGAGCAGCGCGAGGAAAGAACGUCGCAGCCCUCGAAGGACAUCAUCAGCCUAAUCUUCAGGACGGAUCGAAGAGAGAAGGAACGGGUGUCGGUCCCGAGGAACACCCGAGCCAACGCGGAAUGCGGCCUCGACUGUAAACUCGAAAUUGCCCCGGAGAGGCCGUGUGUGCAGCGCGGCGCGCUCUCUCUCUCUUUCUCUCUCUCUCUUUCUCUCUCUUCCUCUCUGGCAGCAGCAGCAGCAGCAGUUCGAGGCGCGCGCGCCGGAGGAGGCGAAUUAGUGCCUCGCCGAGAUUCGAGCGGACACGAGUGCGCGAGCGGUGGCAACUGCCGCCGCCUCCAGUGAGUGCGAGCCUUUCAUGACUCUGUGAAGAUACUCGAGUUGAUAUUUUUUUCAUUCGGGAUUAUCGUGUAUGCGUACAGAGAGUAUCCGAUCCGCAUCGUGUGUGAAAGUGCCAUAGUAGAAGAGGAGGAUGAUGUUGCUGAGGUUGCUGCUGCUCGCGGCAGCCUGGUGCGUGGCUAGCGCCGAGCCCGAUCCGGCGAUCGAGUUCAACAGGAUACCCAAUCUCAGGGACGAGGACAAGUGCUACGAUAGUAAUGGAAGACCGCAGAGGUGCAAGCCGCCGUUCGAGAACGCUGCGUUCAACGUCCUCAUCGAGGCGACGAAUACGUGCGGACAAGAUGGACGUGGCACACCCUUCUGCAAGCAGACGGCCAUCGAUAAGAAGUCCUGCGACGUCUGCUACGAGGGCGACCAUCCUGCAGCCUACCUGACCGAUCAGAACACCAACGAGAAGCCGACCUGGUGGCAGUCGCAGACCAUGUUCGAGGGUAUCCAGUACCCGAAUCAGGUCAACCUCACCCUCAAUCUCGGAAAAACCUUCGACAUAACGUACGUGCGCGUGCUGUUCGAAUCUCCGCGACCGGAGAGUUGGGGCAUUUACAGGCGCAAGAAUGAGAAGUCGCCCUGGGAGCCGUACCAGUUCUACUCGGCGACGUGUCGCGACACCUACGGCUUGCCCGAGUCCAAGGAAACUAUUCGAGGAGAAGAUACUCGUGUGCUCUGUAACAGCGUCUACUCCGAUAUCGUGCCGCUGUCCAAGGGUGUCGUCGCUUUCUCGACUUUGGAGGGGAGACCCUCGGCUUACAAAUUCGAGACGAACGAAGAGCUUCAAGACUGGGUACAAGCGACGGACCUGAGAAUCACUCUGGACCGACUCAACACUUUCGGAGACGAAGUUUUCGGCGACGAUCAGGUACUCCAAUCCUACUACUACGCUAUAGCCGAUGUGGCCGUGGGUGCAAGGUGUGCCUGUAACGGACACGCCGGCGAGUGCGUCAACAGCACCAGCGUCGAUGGACGUACCCGCAGAGUAUGCCGGUGCGAGCACUUCACAACUGGACCCGACUGUAACGAGUGCCUGCCGUUUUACAACGACGCCCCUUGGGGUCGAGCCACGAUUUACGAUGCCCACGAAUGCAAACCUUGCAACUGCAACGGCUACUCGGACACCUGCUACUUCGACAAGGAGCUUUACAGGCUGACGGGACACGGAGGCCACUGCACUGACUGUCGGGAUAACCGAGACGGCGCCAACUGCGAACACUGCCGCGAGAACUACUACGCCCGGCCCGAGGAUGGUUACUGUAUUGCCUGCAACUGUAACGAGAUCGGUUCGAGAAGUCUUCAGUGUAACGCCGAAGGCAAGUGCCAGUGCAAGCCUGGAGUCACUGGAGACAAGUGCGACCGUUGCGCUGCCAACUUCUUCGACUUCAGCAACUAUGGCUGCACUUCUUGCGAGUGUAACGAGGCCGGUUCGCUCUACAACACUCCGAGCUGCGACCCUGUAACCGGUAUCUGUACCUGCAAGGACAACGUCGAGGGAAAACGAUGCCGAGAAUGUCGUCCUGGCUUCUUCAACCUCGACGAGGACAACGAGUUCGGUUGCACGCCCUGCUUCUGUUACGGUCACUCGUCGCUCUGUUCAACGGCGAGCGGCUACUCGCGCGUCAACAUCGAAAGCUCUUUCGUUCGUGGCAACGAGCGCUGGUCGGCCAACGUUGCCGGCAAAGCUAUGCCCGUCACCUACGAUUCCAUUAGCCAGUCCAUCAGUGCCACUGCAGCCGAUCGCGAUAACGUCUACUUUGUUGCACCCGACCGAUUCUUGGGUGACCAGAGAACAUCUUACAAUCAAGAUCUGUCCUUCACUUUGAAAAUCAGUGACAAUGGGCCGGCGCCAACUGCGAGGGACAUUAUUCUGGAAGGUGGAAACGGUCAGCAAAUCACUCAGCCCAUCUUUGGCCAGAACAACAGUUUGCCGUCUACCAAUGCGACAGAAUUCAUCUUCAGACUGCACGAACAUCCCGAUUACGGAUGGCUGCCACGUUUGAACUCCAGAGCUUUCAUUUCGAUCCUAGCUAACUUGACAUCCAUCAAGGUUCGCGGUACUUACACCCAUCAAGGUAAGGGAGAGUUGUACGACGUCAAGCUCGAAACUGCUCACCGAGGCGCCGCUGGUGAACCCGCUGACUGGGUCGAGCACUGUAACUGUCCUACGGGAUACGUGGGCCAGUUCUGCGAGUCUUGCGCCCCUGGCUACCAUCAUGACCCACCCAAUGGAGGACCAUUUGCCCUUUGUGUACUUUGUAACUGUAACGGUCAUGCGGACAUUUGCGAAGCUGAAACUGGUCAAUGUAUUUGUCAGCACAAUACUGCUGGCAGCAAUUGCGAACAUUGCGCUCGUGGAUUCUACGGACACUCAUUGAAGGGAACUCCCGACGAUUGCCAACCUUGUCCUUGUCCCGAUAAUGGACCUUGUAUCCUGCUUGGAAACAACCCUGAUCCGAUCUGUUCCGAGUGUCCAGUUGGACGAACCGGACCACGUUGCGAGAUCUGCUCUGACGGAUACUUCGGUAACCCCGAGAGAGGAAUUCCUUGCAGACCUUGCGAAUGUAACAACAACAUUGAUCUCAAUGCUGUACGCAAUUGUAACCAGGAAACCGGAGAGUGUUUGAAGUGUGUCAACAACACCGCAGGUGCUCACUGUGAAGAAUGUUUGCCAGGAUACUAUGGAGAUGCUCUUUCUGACCAGAAGGACGAUGGCUGCAAGCUCUGUCAAUGUUAUCCACCGGGAACUCAGGAGAGAGCUGAUGGCGGAGUUGCACCUUGUGACCAACUUACUGGACAUUGCUUCUGUAAAUCCCACGUUAUCGGACGUAACUGUGACCAGUGCGAGGACGGAUACUACCAUAUUAGAGGCGGAGAAGGAUGCAUCGCGUGUAACUGCGAUCUGGAAGGUUCGUACAACAGAACGUGUGAUGCCAUCACUGGACAGUGUAGCUGCAGACCUGGAGUUACCGGACAACGCUGUGACGCCUGCCUGCCAUAUCAGUAUGGAUUCAGCAGAGAUGGUUGCAGAGCUUGCGAAUGUGACAAGAUCGGUUCGCAUGACAUGCAGUGUGAUGCUAAUGGACAGUGUCCAUGUUUGCCAAACGUUGAAGGUCGCACCUGCAACCGUUGUAAAGAAAACAAGUACAACCGUCAAUAUGGUUGUAUCGACUGCCCACCCUGUUACAAUCUUGUACAGGAUGCCGUGAACGAACACCGCGGAAGGUUGGCCGAACUUGAGGAUAACCUGCGUAAGAUCAAGAGCAACCCUACAGUAAUCAACGAAGAAGGUUUCAAACAGAAGCUCAGCGAUGUGCAAAAUCGUGUGCGCGAUCUUUUGGAAUUAGCCAAGUCUGGUUCUGGAUCGGGUAGCGAUAAGAAGUCACUUGUAGAGCAAUUAGACGAGUUGAGAGAUCAGCUUACGGAGAUCAGUAACACGUUACAGAAUGUCGAUCAGACCGCUAGCGAUACCAAUCGUACGACUUCACAGGGUAGAAUGAGCAUUGACGAAGCGGAAAAGGUUCUGGACAAAAUUCAUGAACAAUUGACGGAAGCCGAAGACUACUUGGCGACCGAUGGACAGUCUGCUUUGGCUGAAGCAAAGAAGCGAGCUGAACACGUUGGCCAACAAAACGAACAGAUGACGGCGAUCGCUCAGGAAGCUAGAUCUAUUGCCGAUUCGAACAUCAAGGAGGCUAAGAGACUCCAAGAAGUCGCCGAGCAAGCUAAGAAUACCUCUCUGGAGGCUUACAACUUAGCCAAGAAGGCUAUUGCUAAAUAUACUAACAUUAGCGAUGAAAUCCGGUUACUUGAAAACAAACUCAUAGCUUUAGAGGAACGUUACGGCGAUGUCAAAAAACUGACUGCCACAGCAGUGGCCAAGUCGGACACCGUAUCCAAGGAAGCCGUUAGUCUUCUACUUCUUGGCAUUUCGCUACCAGAGGUAAACCUGACGGAUCUGCAGAACCGCGUCGAAGAAGUAAACAAGGAGGCGGCGAAGAUCAAGGAUCAAGCCAAGAUUCUACUGGAUGAGAAUAUCGAUUUAAUACACGAUAUUGAGGACAAGGUCAGGAAGAGCGAGGACCUCCUGUAUAAGGCUGAGGAUCAGCAGACCAUAACGGCGGAACUACUUGCUGAAGUCGACGACGCCAAUAAUGUUGCGAAGAACGCUGUUAACCGUGGAGACCAAACCCUUAAGGAGGCUGUCGAUACGUUACAAAAACUCAGUGUCUUCGACGCUGAAGUACAAGCUGCCCGCGAUAAGGCAAGAGCCGCCUUGGAGGAUAUAGGUAUCAUCGGCCAACUUAUAAGGGAGGCGACACAAAAGUCUGAGGACAUUCAUCAGAUACUUGAUGGCUCUGAACAGAAUGCGAUACGAGCGCGUGAAGUAGCCCAACAAGCUCAAGCCAAUGCUAAUAACGCUAGUGCCAUGGCCAACGAAAUUCACCAGGAAGCUAACAAGACCAAAGCCGAGGUUAUCAAACUCGGCAACGAGGCCGACAAGCUGCACUUGAGGGUCAACACGACCGAUAAUAUGAUAAGGCAAUACGAGGAUAGGAUCAGAAAGGAUGCCGACAAUACUGCACAGGCUAAAGUAAAGGUCAGUCAGGCGAAAUCCAAUGUAACAUCAGCUGGACAGCAGGUUACCAAAGCGUUGGAGGAAAUCGCAGAGAUCACCAGAGAACUUGACGCUCUUCCUGAUAUCAGUAACGCUGAUCUAGACCGACUAGAAGACCGGCUGCGCAAGGCCGAGGAUGACAUCCGCGCAGCAGACCUGGACCAGCGUAUCCGCGCUCUGACCGACUCCAAGAAUCUGCAGACCCAGUGGGUGAAGAACUACGAGGACGAGGUGAGUCGACUGCGUGUUGAGGUUGAGAACAUCAACGACAUGAAGAAGGUCCUACCCAGCCACUGCUACAACAACCCACGUCUUGAGCCUUAAGCUGUGCCUAGACCACCCCGACGACACCGUGUCUGCGCCCGCAUACUGUCGCAUUGUCUCCUUCGACCAAGUGUGCCAUUCGAUACUUAAAAGUGUUUUGUGAAAAGCGGAAGGAGGCUGAUGACAAUGACGAUGGGUAUGUGUAUAUGCACCAGGUAGACGUGUUCUUUAUUCAUUCUAUUUUUUUGUCGCGUGAGAUUCCGAGACGAGAAGAGAUGGUGUUCUCUUUGUUGCUUGGUUUUUCUCUUUCGAUGAAGCUUAAUCGAUAUCUACUUUUAGAUUUUAUCGAGUGUUCGAAAACGAUGGAUGAAAGAAUAUUUUUUUUUGUUAGAACUGUGUUCAAAACCGAUCGUCGUUGAAUUAUGCUUUUUUAACGCAACUUCAAAAGUAAUCUCAAAUAUUAAACUUUUCUCAGUAUAUUUAGCAUUUGAAAAAUAAGUCGUAAUUUAUUUAAACUUAUAAACUGAAUUUGUUAAGUUCAUUUGUGUUCAUUAGUUUAAUUUACACGACAUCAAACGUUUAACUGUCAAGCAAUUUUUUUAAGAUGAAUAUUUUGAAAAUAUUAUUUUAUCCAUAAAUUUUGAAUUCAUCAAAUCUUAAAAUAGAUGUACGAUUGCGCAAAAGCAGAAAUUAAAGUUGAAUGGAAAAAUAUUAUAAGACAUUAAGAAACACUUGAGUACUUGAACAGUACUUAGAAGUAUUUGAUUUAUAAUCAAAAUGCUGGUUUUCUCUCUUAUUAAAUAAUACGCGAUACUUUAGGCUUUUAACAAGUUAAAUAUUUUCAUAUACAAUAGGCAUAUGGCAUUGAAAAUUGCAUACAUGAAAAAAAAUCUUUAGAUCCCGUGAAAAUUCAACAUAUCAGCGACGUAAAGAAUAAAUGUUUCGAGGUGCCUUAAGAAAAAUACUUAAUUUAAAAAAUCACUGCUGCAAAUGAUCUUGAAAAAAAAAAAAAUGAAAAAAUCAUGCUAUAUUUACUUAGAGAAAGGAAUAAAUGAGAGUCGAUUAUAGUGUAAAACCGACUGUGUGGUGUAAUAAUUUAGCAGAUCAUUAAGAAGCCAUUGUUUUACUUGUGUAUAUUAUACCAAUUAGAUGAUUGUUUUAUUUAAGUGUAAGUUAAAGAAUCUUUUUUUAUGUACUUUCAGAGCUCAGCUUAAGUUGCGCACUUUUAUAUAAUGAUGAUGCGACAUAAUUACAAUAUUUUAAGUAUCAUACCAAAGAGCUUUUUUCUAUGUACGAUUAGAAAAAAUAGACAAAGUUCAGAUGACUAUUAAUUUACGCUGCAUUUUUAACUGGACCAAUUAGUUUUUAUUCGAUUUAAUAUUCGAAAAAUUCUGAUUUGAUCUUCUUCUACUACUUUCAUAUUUCAUGUACCGACUUAAGUAUAAACUUUCUUGACUAUAUCAUAGACUGCAAUUGAUUGCACCCGUCUGUGCACAAAGACUUUGAUUUGAAAAUUUGUACAUUUUAAAAACUCCUUUUCCAGUCUUUAUAUGCAUCUCAGGCGUAUCAACUUUUUUCUUAACAUUUGUACUUUUACAAGAUUAUAUGAAUCCGUUAUUUCAUACGUUAGAAUAGUUCAGAAUGUAGAACAAAAACUUAACUCGAAAAAUAAAGUAAUUUUACUAGAAAA